GUGAAGAUGAACAAGAAAUGCUGAGCAAGUGUGAGCGAUAAGAAGAAGAAGAAAGAAAGAAAGAGAAGAAGAAACAUCGAACAACAAAAGAGGCUUACAUUGAGCAGUGAAGGAAGAGAGAGAGAGAAAGAUGAAGAUGAUAAAGAUGAUGAUGAAGUGAAGAAUAACAAGAGUCUCUGUUGUGAAAGUGUAUAAGAAUGAAUGAAUGAGUGAAAUGAAUGAGUAGAAUGAAUGAGGAAAGGAAAGAUGUAAAAGUGAUGAGGAUACAAGAGAAGGCUAGAUUUUGCCUUUUAUUUCUUUUCCCUUAUUAUUUGACGAUAAAAAGGCAAAAGUGGAAGAAGUGAUGAUGAUGGCGAGAGCAGAAGAUUCAUCAUCAUCAACAUUUCCCAAUAAACACAUGUAACUAAAUUUCGUCUGAACUUCGACAUCAAAAUUCGCUUUUUUUUUGUAUCUUCCAAUCGCUCAAGUUGCAGUGAAACAUCAACUUUAAAAUUGUGAAAAGAAACGAAAAAAUCGACAUUCCUUCCCAGUUACCUGUUCUUGUUACCUUUUCAAAACUCAAACAAUAGUAAUAACAAUCUCUUAUCUAUGCCAAUUAACGAAGUUAACCUUUCAAAGUUUUUCCAAUUUCUCAUUGUUUCACAUUCUUGUGCCCAACUAAAGUGAAUUUGCUGUCAUUUUCAUCUUUUCCCGUUUCGGCAAAAAUCUUUUAACAAAUCGAAAGUGAAUUUUUUUUGUGUUCAAAUUGACUGGAAUAAAAUCAUUUUCAAGUUUUUCCCUUCUUUUCAUCAUUCCAUUGGAAAAUGAAUAACCUUGUGAAUAAACAAAAUGGAUUACCUGAUAAUGUCUGAAGAUGAUGAUUACCUAAACUAGAUUUAAUCAAAGCAACUGUAAAGUGAAGUGCUUUUUGGUAAAUAUUUAAUGUGCAAAUUGCUCUCUUUGAGCUUUUUUUAUCAACUCUAGUCAUUACAAGUAACAUCUUUAUAGCUGCCAUUUUUACCAGCUCAUCGCCAUUAGUGUUGCCCAUCAUCAUACUCAUCGUUCUGAUCUUUGUUACCAAAUAGUCUGUUGUGAUGAGAAGCAUAUGAUUGGUAAUGAUGAAUGUGAACUCCAUGAGGAUAAAAUUGGGGAAAAGCAAUAAUCAAUUGGAAAAUGUGUUUUAUGGUUGAUCAACUUUUCUUUUUCAGAUAAAAACAUUUAUCGACAUUCUCUAACACUUUGGUUACACCGGGCAUAGGGUUGACAUACACACCAAGUGAAAUCCUUUUCUCAAUGAACUUGCAACAAAUUGUUUGGAACAUUUGCAAAAGGAAAAACAUUGCAACCAUUUUGCUGGUUCAACAUCCAACUGGGAGUUUCAUUUUACCUCCCAGUGAAUAAAAGUUAGGGUUACUAUUUUGGGUGAAAAGAUUUGAAUGUUAAUUUCAUAAGCUUAGCAAUAAUCUUUGCCAAUCUCAAACAAUAACCUUUAUCCAUUGGUAAAAAGGUUACCUUUUAAGUGAGUCAAAGCAUUGAGAUUGAACAGUGUUGGGAGGUGAGAGAAACGGGUUAAACUGAAAUUUGAUAUUCAUUGAAACUGAAUAAUUUGAUUAGUGAUAAAAAAGGGUGAAAAUAUGAGCAUCAAGAUGAUUUCAAAUAGAAUUUUAUUAAAUUAUGUUUCCAUAUUGAUAAUUAUUAACAUCAUUUUGAACCAAUCAACAUCCUUUUGGUUCACCUUGGCUCAAGUCUCAAGUUCACCUCUAAGUCAACCCGAGUCAAUGCAACGUCCAGGUUCAGCUUCAUCAGCCUCACUGGGGUCACCUUAUGCCUCGGCUCAGACUAGUUCAGUCAGUUUGCCCAAGUUUCGUAUUCUUGCCGUAGUUCCCAAUGAAAAGGCAGUCUUGCUGUCACGAGAGUUGAGGACUGCAGUAACACGUUGGCACACUUUACAACGUGAACUAUCCGCUCAGGGUUCCCUUUCAACCUCAUCAACCUCUCGAGCAGCCCAUUUUCCGGGUUCCCUUGGAUUCUCAGUGAGUGGCAUGGGAACCUCGGGUUCACCUCGUGAUACAAACCUUUCACCUGAUGAUACUUCACUCAUAUUAUCACCAAUACCUGCUGGGAAUGAUACUCAAAGGCUAUUGGAAUCAAUGUGUCAAUCCUUUGAGAUACACAAUCCUUCCCUUAUAUUAACUCUAUUAGAACCCAGACGAACUUAUUAUCUCAAAAUGAUUGCCAAAAAAGUUGACGUCCCAAUACUUUCAUUAUCAUCAGAAUAUCGUGAAUCUUUUCAACUUUUCCAAUCUCGACGACCGAGUGUUCAUGAAGAGAUUGCAGGUCAAGUCAGCCUGGAUCCGCCAAUAUCGUCACUUGCCGAUGCAGCUUUUGAACUUCUCUGGAUGCAACACUGGUUCGAUGCGAUACUGUUGAUUGACGAUACUGCUGCCUCUGAUUUAUUUAGCUAUCGGUUAACUCGCCUGUGUCAAAAGAAUCGCCAUAAAAAAUUGAAAUCUUCUGGAUUAUUUUCAUCAUCAACUUCUUCAGCCUUUCAAUCAUCAACUCAAUCACCAAUGGAUACACUGAUUCCACCCUAUGAACGGAGUCACCUGCAUUCAUCUAAAAAAUCUUCCAAUACAAAACAAAACACAUUUGAUAACAAUUUUUAUUUUCUUGAUUCAGUUUGGAAUCGAUUAGAAGUUAUUCAACUUUCCAAAAAUCUUCUUCAAAAUGAGUUUUACCUGAAAAUGAGUGAAAUUCAAACAAGUCAUCGACGAAUUAUUCUGGUUCAUUGUGAUAAAGUUACAACUAGAAGGGUUAUGGAUAUUGCCUCGGUUUUAGGUCUUUUAAGGGGACACAAGAUUUGGGUUAUCCUUGAUGGUGUCAUUGGAAGUGAACUGGUUAAACCUAAAUUCUGGUAUCACCUUAACCUGCCAACUGGUGUAAUUGCCUUACGUCAAAGGCCACCAACAUUAACCUCAAGUGAUACUUUGCUUGCCAUAACCAGUAUCAUCGGAGAAGCGGCUAGUUAUGCACUUGCCGAUGCCAAAUCUUGGAUUAGUGAAAAUGAUUUUCGCAAUGGAUCAGCACCAGAGGUUAGCUGUUGGCACAAUGCUCAUGGUGUUAGAAUCAAAUAUUCACAAGUAAUUUACAGAGAGUUAAGAAGAGUCCUUAAACCAAUCAAUAAUUUUCGUCUUGAUCCUAAUCGGUGUAAAAAUCGGCGUUCAGGGGAACAUGGAAGCGGAUUCAAUGUUAAUGAAAUGGACAAUUCAACAGGAACUGGUUCAAGUCAACAUCAAGAUUAUCUUAAUACAAUUAAUAGCUAUUAUAAUCAAAGAUCUUCUAUAUGGCCUUAUCCAAUAUUUGAUAUUUUAAAUUUGAUGGACUCUGAUCAGGAGCCUGGUGAAAAAGAGUGGAAAAUUAUUGGUAACAUAACGCGAACCAAUUCAACAUUGAAUGCCAUUAGGUACAUUAAAGGGCCUUCCAGUGAUCUAACAGCGGGCCCAGUUAACCCAUCUAGGCACAAUUUUCGAGUUGUUACCGGGAUCGCUCCACCAUUUGUCCAUUUAUCAACCAAACUUGACAAUGGGACAUGUUUAACUGGAGUUGCUUGUCUAAGGGUGAACACAAGUAGACCCGAUGAAUUGGUUUAUAUAUUCACUGAUUUUAAUUCAGAUGUAAGAUUCUUGGAAGGUAAAAGUUAUACAGUUCUUUGUUGCUCCGGGAUUGCCAUUGAUUUGCUCAAUACUGUUGCCCGUGACCUUAAUUUUGACUACAAUUUGUACCUUGUUGCUGAUGGUCUUUUUGGUAUACCACGUAACGGAGGCCAAUGGGAUGGUAUCACUGCCGAUCUGGUUUCUGGAGCUGCACAUAUAACUUUUUCCGCUUUUUCUGUCACCAGUGCCCGUGUCAAUGUCAUUGAUUAUUCCGUCCCAUUCUUCUACUCUGGUGUUUCAUGCCUUGCUCGCAGUCAAUUCUCGGAUGUACCUUUGUCAGCAUUCUUGAUUCCAUUCAGUUAUCAAUUAUGGUUUGCCAUUUUUGCCAGUCUACAUGCAACUGCUAUUGCUGCUGCAAUCUACGAAUGGCUCAGUCCUUUUGGAUUAAAUCCGUGGGGUCGACAGAGAACCAAAAAUUUCAGCCUUGCUUCAGCCUUAUGGGUUAUGUAUUCACUUCUUUUCAGUCAUUUGGUUGCUUUCAAAGCCCCUAAAAGUUGGCCUAAUAAGGUAUUAAUAAAUCUAUGGGGUUGUUUCAGCGUCAUUUUCCUGGCCACUUAUACAGCCAACAUUGCAGCUCACUUUGCUGGUCUUUUUUCAAACGAAGAAAUCAAUGACUUUCAUGAUGGAACGUUAAUGUCAAUGAGAACAGGAGUGGCUCGAUCCAGUGCAUCUGAAGGGUAUAUAAAAAAGGAAAAUAUGGUUCUUUAUGAACACGUUCAAAAAUUUAUGUUUAAAGAUUUUUACGAAGGAUUGGAUAGAUUAAGAAAUGAAUCAUUGCAAGUUUUAAUAAGUGAUACAGCAAUACUUGAUUAUUUCCGAGCAAAUGAACCAGGAUGUAACUUAAAGCUUCUCGGUGAUUCCAUUUUUGACGAUGCUUAUGCCGUAGGAAUGCAAAAAGGUUUUCCUCUAAAGAAUGCAAUCUCCGAUUUAAUUUUAAGAUACAAUACAUAUGGAUAUUUAGAUCAAUUGCAGCGUAAAUGGUAUGGCCGAGUUUCUUGUCUUGAAAAUUCACUCAACAAUCUCAAUAUUCCUAAGCCAUUGAGUGUACGUGCCGUUGCGGGGGUUUUCAUAAUGCUUCUUUGUGGUCUUGGGGUUGGCAUUUUUAUCCUUAUGGUUGAACAUGUUGUCUUUAAAUAUGCUCUGCCUAAGCUGCGAAAAAUGCCCAAGGAUACUUACUGGAAAAGUCCAAAUCUAAUGUUUUUCAGUCAAAAAUUAUAUCGAUUUAUCAAUACAGUUGAACUUGUAUCACCACAUCAUUCAGCCAAGGAAAUAAUGUCAAGCCUGAGAACUGGACAGAUAACAAGCCUUUUCCAGAAAAGUUUAAAGAGGAAAGCGAAAGAAGAAGCUCGUCGUCGAAAGAGUAAAUCACAAUUUUUCGAGAUGAUGCAGGAAGUACGAAAAAUGGUUCAAGAGCAGAAGGAUGAACAAAGAAUUGGUCUUGUACCUAAUUUACCCAAUCAACCAAUCUUAAUGACUUCACCACCAACAUUACCUGUCAAUCAGGACAGUUUUCUCAGUGAAAAUGAUUCUAUUGGUGGUGCUACAACCAUACGAACCUCUUCGAUUAGAUGGAAAGAACCUUCAUUUACCACCGAAGAUGAGCCAGCUUAUAUUCAUCAGCCUGUCCUGAAAACACCUCGAACAAAGCCGCCAUCAAGUUUAAAAAGUAGCGAUUCUCGAAGUCAUUUGGGUAAAACUAAAGGAUCAACAUCUUUAAGUUCAACUGAUUUGUGUCCACCUCCAUAUGGCUUUUGUCGAUCUCCAUCAUCUACAAGUUCAAUUGGCUCAGAUAACAAGCAAUGGUGUGCCACUCAGAUUAUUAAUAUGAGAGAAAAUGUUAGCAUCUCAUUGGAAGAUAUUGCUUUACCUGGUGACUCUGGGUGUGGAUUAGGUUCCGCUAAAAGAAAAUAUAAACACAAUGAGAUGAACAUAAUUAAAACCUGGUCUUUCGAUGAUCUCUCUAUUCUUAAACAGCAACUUAGUAUACCAGCAAAUUCACCAAGUGAACAAGAUAAAAUGACCCUUCUUUAUUCCCAAUCUCCUCGAGCCUCCAUGAUUAUACCAAGUCCACGUCACACCAGUAUGGUUGACACUGUUAAAAUUCAAUCCAUGAGCAAGGAAGAUAUUAUUUCUCUCUGGCGAAGCUCAGAAAGAGAAUUAUUAAACAACCUUCAAGAUGCUUUACAACAAAAGAAAGCUUUAGAGGAAAGGUUAGCUGUUCUUACACGUAUCCUGAUGAAACCUCCUUGAUGAUAACCCAAUUUAGAUCUUUACAUCAAAUGAUUUAAAGAAGAAAAAAUAUGGAGAAUCAAUAACUAUUGAAAUUUACAAUUAUUUCAAAUAACAAUUUAUUAUAUACGAAAGAAAUUUAUCAGCCAAAUGAGCACAAAAUGUCUUUAACUUUCAUGGUUAAAUCGGUCAACACAUUGGUGAAAAAACAAUCAAUCCAUUUACGUUUUAAAUUGACACUGGGAUGUAACUGGAACCAUUUUUCCAUUUAAUGAUGCUGUCAAAAUUGAUUGGUUGAUCAAAUCAAUCAAGAGAUGAUUAUAUUUUAAAAUUUGUACAAUUCUGAUGGCCAAAGAAAACUGAUUAAACUGCUAAUAAAUUAAUUUACUUGGAGGAACCUCGAGAAAGCCGAGUAAAUGGUUUAUCUGGAAACAAAAAAAAGAUGAAAUUUACUUUGAAUGGAUCCGUUUUGGCUAAUUUAACUGGACAAAUCAACACAAUGUUGAGAUAAAUUAAUCAAGUUCACAACAAAAACAGUUCGAUAUAUUUCAUUUUUGCUCUUUUCAAUAUUCAAACAUCGAUAAGAAAUUUUUCUUCACCAUUUCGUCAUUCAAUCUCUACAUUCAUCAACGUUUCUUUUUUUGCAAUCAUCGAAUUUUUUCAUCACAAAUGAAAUCUGAAUAGCCAUGCAGGAUUUCAUCAUUUCUUCACUUUCUUCGUUAACCCAAUUGGUUUACCUCUUUUAAUCUCUUCUCGUGCAGGUAUUAAUUAGUAUAUCUGAUCUUUUUAGAGAAUGAUUUUGAUACCAGGAAAAAUCUGUUUUCAAUUUCAAAAACAGAGUAAAAAAUAUUCGAACAAACUCACAAUGAAAUGAACUAAUGUUAAUUAUGAUUAUGCAAUUUUCAUUAACCGGUUAAAUUGAAAUACAAAGUCAAUUGAGAUUUUUUGCGAAAACAAAUGAAUAGAAAGAAAUCAUCUGAAUCAAAAAGGAGUUUUAUGCAAUUUCAUAUAUUUUCAUCAAAAUCUUUCAAUCUCGAUCUACAAUAUAGAUAAAUCCUUUUCCGUUGAUAUUCCAUAUCUUUUGAAUCAAUCCUACAAUCACUGUUUAAAGCAUACAGAAACAUUAUCACCUUUUUUCAAAUCUAGGCUUCUUUUUGGUUAUCGAUUCAACCCAUUUAUAUCGUUAUUAGAUUAAUUAAUUAUGUCUUCGUAUUGCAAUCCACUCACUUCAUCCAUUAUGACUAUUUGGUUAUCAUCUUUUGAGCCUGAUUGGAACACAAACAUCGACCAUUCAAGUCAAAUGACAAUUAUGAAUGACAAUUCCAUCAAAUCCUUUAUGGGCUCUGUUUUUAUCCUUAUUAUUGUUAUCAAUGUUCUUAAACCAUUGUUUAUUUAUUGUUAAAUAAUAGAAAAUCGUUUGACACAAUGUUCUCUCAUGCUGAAUGAUUUCACCAAGUCAGAACUGCAUAGAUGUUUCACUUUUUGGUAGAAGACGUUUUGCCUUUUUUUGUUUCCUCAGUUUGAAUUUUAAAUUUUAAAUUUAAAUUUGUCCCAAAAAUCAGACUCCUUGUAAAACAAAAUAAAUAAUCACACCUGGUUGGAUGAACCAGAAAAUCAUCGCACAAAAAGCUGGGUGAACCAGAUGAAAUUGUCAUGGGAAUGUGAAGGUAGCAGGAGAAAAAAUUCAACUUCAAGUUCAAUUCAAGACACUUCAACAAAACAAUCUCGAUCAAACUGUUGAAAUAAAAGAGAAAGAUUGUAAAUUAAUAAAGAUUUUAAAAACACUUAA